CCUGCCAGGAGUGCAGCGAGCUGCGAGAGCUGUCAAUCCGCAUGCUCGCAGAGCUGCUGCAGUUGGUAGUCGGCAGGGAUGAGAAGAGGAUGAGGAAGGAGGUGUGGCGGGCACUGGUGCCUCUCCUCUUCCGCAUGAGCGACCAGGUCCCCAGCGUGGCCAAGGCCUCCAGGGAAGCCCUUCUUGCUGCCGCAGAGCUGCUGAGGUGGAAGACGCUCAAGCACCUGCUGCAGAGAGAGCGGCUGUGGGAGCUUGGAGCGUGCUUGCUGCAGAAGAACAGGAGCAGGGCUGAAGACUUCAUCCACCAGAGCCUGCCCUACCUGCAGGACCCUCAGGCCAACGUGCGCCUGGCGGCCGUCAGGUUCAUCGGACUCAUCACACGGCGCCUGAGGGAGCAGACCACAGACAGUCAGGCUGACAUCCUGAGUGCACUUCAGCCCUUGGAGAAUGACUGGGACAUCUCUGUCAGCUCCCUGGCAGCUCGGACAACCUCCAUUCUGAGGAGUCCUUGCGUGCAGCAAAGACCAAGAGGCCUCCUGCGAGCACUGCGCUGCUGCUGGCCGUGAGCCCGGCAGAGGUGCAGCUUGCCUUGGCUAAAGGACUGGGGCUGAAUAAAGCUGCAACAACGUGCCCAAA